AGAGGAAAACAACUGUCAUGUUAAAAGUCGCAAGGUCGUUGUCGUUAUCAUCUACUGGAGCAUCUCUUCCAAAAUUACAAUUAUUUUUGAUUCCAUUUCAAAGAUCAUUUAUUGCAUCCAAAACAAUUAAAAAAAUGCCAAUUAAAGCUGCUCUAAUUGAUCUAAGUGGCACAAUGCAUGUUGAAGAUGAUCCAACACCAAAUGCCAUUGAAGCAUUAAAAAGACUUCGAAAGACCGGAAUUCAUAUAAAAUUCGUCACCAAUACAACUAAAGAAUCUGGUGAAACUCUAUACAAUCGUUUGGCCAAAAUGGGCUUUGAACUUGAUAAACAAGAAAUCUAUAGUUCAUUAAGUGCCACAGCAAAUUAUGUUAAGACCAAGAAUCUGAAUCCUUUCUAUCUUGUUAGUGCUGAUGCUAGAAAAGAUUUCCCACCAGAAAGUAGUCAGAAUUAUGAUGCUGUCGUUGUAGGAUUGGCACCAAAUGAAUUCCAUUAUGAGAAUAUGAAUAAAGCAUUUAGAAUUUUGAUGGACAACAAAAACAGCCAACUAAUUGCUGUUCAUCAAGGAAAAUAUUAUAAACGAGGUGAUGGCUUAGCUCUUGGUCCAGGUUGCUUUGUCAAAGGUCUCGAAUAUGCAGCUUCCGUUAAUGCAAUUCUCAUUGGCAAACCAAAUCAAUAUUUCUUUGAAAGUGCAAUACCAGAUGGGGUCAAGGCUGACGAAUGCGUCAUGAUUGGUGAUGAUCCCAAUGACGAUUGUAAAGGCUCUCUCGCAGUUGGAAUGAAGGCAAUUCUCGUCAAAACUGGAAAAUAUCUACCCGACAUCGUUGUUGACCCACCUCCAACCUUGUUGGCUGAGAAUUUCGCUGAAGCUGUUCAAUGGAUUGAACAAAAUAAAUAAAAAGUCUCUUAACUGAAGUAUAAAUAGUUAAAAAAGAAAAGCCUUUAACAAUUUUUAUUCAUUAAAAAAAGCUUGCUGUGUGUAUAUAAAUUUUUGAGAAAAAAAGAAAUAAAAUGCGAUAUAAUAUAUUUUUUGAACUUAA